CCCGACCGUCCGAUCCCCAGCCGAUGGCGGCGGAGCCCGCGGCGGACGGCCGCGAUCCCCCGGCGACCGCGGCUCCCGGCGACGACGACGCCGCGGCGGCGGAGGCGCUCCUUAGCGCGGCGUCGGAGCAGCUGACCCUGGUGUACCAGGGGGAGGUCUACGUCUUCGACCCCGUCCCGCCCCAAAAGGUUCAAGCUGUUAUAUUGGUGCUUGGAGGGUGCGACGUGCCUCCUGGUUUAGUAAGCAUGGCUGGAUCUACCGUGUAUGGUGAAAAGAGUACAACUGUGGCUGCCAAAAGGGUAGCUUCUUUAAUAAGGUUUCGCGAGAAGAGGAAGGAAAGGUGUUUUGAUAAGAAAAUAAGAUACGGAGUGCGCAAGGAAGUUGCCCAAAAGAUGAAACGGCGUAAGGGACAGUUUGCUGGCAGGGCAGAUUUUGGUGAUGUUGCAUGCUCUUCUGCAGCUCGUGUCUCCCCAGCUUAUGGUGAAGAUGAUCAUUUCCGAGAAACCCAUUGCCAAAACUGUGGCAUCAGCUCACGGCUUACUCCAGCAAUGCGUCGGGGGCCAGCCGGUCCAAGGUCCCUCUGUAAUGCUUGUGGUCUAAUGUGGGCAAAUAAGGGUACUCUAAGAAGUCCUUUGAAUGCCCCCAAAAUGACCAUGCAGCAGCAUCCCACCAAUUUGAGUAAAAUGGACAACGCGAGUGAUGAAAAAGAAAUUGUUUGUGCUGACCACAAUCAUACCACAAUCAAAAUGGACUCUGGGAUGAGUCCAGAACAAGACCAGAAACCAGAACUGCGCCCAGCGACGGAAGACAGCAUGACAGAAUCAUGACACUAUGACAGGUCUUCAACUUCAAGUGUAUAAACUGAGACAUAGGUUUUUGUCAGAUAUUCCUGACUUAGAAUGAUGUGCAAGGCAGCAAAACUAACAAAAGCAUGCAUUACAAUGUGCCAUAUUUAUCCCCUCCAUGUAAUUACACUGUACCCAAAUUCGGAAUGCACAAAAUCUAGCAAUGUAAUCUAUUUUAACA